AUGCUCACAGCACUAUUCGCUCACAGUGGGCCACACGCGAUGCUGCUGCCCGUCUUGCUGGCCCACUUCCUCUCUGUUUGCCCCACCACACUUUCCGUUGACCUCCUCGAGGAGCGCCUCCUGGCAGUUGAGAAGAGUAUAGUCGCUGUAGGAGCCUCUCGAGGUGACCCUCGUGCCCCUGUCUUUGAGGGUGCUCACCCUCCCGCCUUUUGCCCUCUGUUGCCUCUGCUGCUGCCGUCGACUUCGUUGGCACUGAGUCGCUCAGCGCUGCGUCUGCCCCUAGCGGGAGACGCCGCACCAGCAAGGGCAAGGGGGGCAAGGGCAUUGGAGGGGCUGGCCAAGGCGGUGGAGCUGGCGGUGGAGGCGGCGGAAGGAGUGGGGGUGGUGGCGGGGGUGGGGGCUUCGGUGGCGGCGGUGGCGGCGGAGGCGGCGGCAACGGUGGCGGUGGGAGCGAAGGAGGAGGCGGUAGCGGCGGUGGCAGAGGUGGUGGCAGACGAGGUAGAGCUAGUCGGGGUUGCUCUGCGCAGUGGGGCGACUUCAGUGGUGGUCAGCGCCAGCAGCAGCAGCGCACUCGUGAGACACCGCCCCCCCAGAAGCUUCGUGAAUGUGAUGAGGGUGACUGUUACCUGUGUUACGCCUUACCCGGGCAUUGAGGCUGCUGCUCUAGGUGCUGGUGAGACUGCUGCUCUAGGUGCUAGUGCGUCUGCUGCCCCGGGUACUGGUGAGUCUGCUCUCUAA